AUGAACUCGAAUUUGCCGUAUAAACCAUCUCCACUGUCUUUUAAUUCCCCGCGCGCAUCGCCAUUCCGACGCCCGUCAUCGCCAGGCUCGCCCACCACAGCGAUCCGAGCCAGCACACCAGCCAGCUCACCUGGGAGAGGACAUACUCCAGUCACCUCUCCCAGCAAACUACAUCAGUCAUACACUGUGGGUGAUACCGAGGAAGCAUUAGCCGAGGAUGAUCAACCAGUCUCGGCCUCUGCCCCAAAGUCACCACGAUGGCGAGAAUCACCAGUGUCGCCGACAAAAGGCGCUUCCGGGAGGAAUAGCUUUUCAUCGCCAUUAGGCGUACGAUCGCCGCGUCCAAAUGCUAUUAGCAACGAUGCCAUAUCGAGGUUGCCUCCGUCUCAGGUGAGGGACAUGCGAGAAGCAUUCCAGGUCCUUGAUCGCGAUAACGACGGUAGCGUCAAUCGUGGCGAUGUAGCGGACGUCCUGUCAAAUCUGGGCCGAGACCCGUCAUCAAGUGCAACCGCUCAAUAUUUCCCCGCUGGCGCGGCACAGACAAUGAACUUGCCCACAUUUCUGAGUACCCUAUCCACAUUGCUGGCGCCAUUAUCUUCUCAAAAGGAGCUUCUCAAUGCGUUCGCCGCAUUUGACGACGACGACAGCGGACAGGUGGAUGUGGCGGAACUGCGUGAUGCUCUUCUCCACACGAACCCCGAUAUUGGCGAGAGUCCUCUCACAGAACGAGAGGUGGACGAGGUCCUAGACGGGUUUACUGGACGAAGGGCGUUUGGGGGCAGGGGAAAACUAGCAGGGUUGCAUGGACAGAAACGAGGCGAGGUCUUCCAUUACCAGGACUUCGUUGGCAGCAUCAUGGGCAGUUCGGACAACGGAAACGGGCCUAAUAGUGUAGCCAAAGCUGGCUCAAGUUGA